AUGCGGCGCUCCCACCGUUCUGCGCCGUGCAGCGCAUCAACCUUCCCAGCAAGGUGUGUAUGCCUUGUCUUUUUGGCGAACUUGUGCCAUCACUCUUUUGUCAACUUGUCAGAGGUAUCCCAAGGCUCGAGGACUGGCAUCACGCCAGCGCGGGCACUUCCAGCGGAGCAGAAAUUCAGCAAUGACAAAUUGCGCGCAGAGACAGAGGAUCCUUUCGCCAAGGUCAAAGUUGCCUUGUUUGGAUUCCUGACAGUUUGA